AUGCGUGGGCUCCACCUGCAGGGGGCCCCGGGGGACCAGGGGGCCCGGGCGCCCGGAAGAAGCGCGGCACCCCCGCGGGUGGGACUGGCCCGUGGCGCGGUCCCAGCCGCUGCCGCCAGCCUGGGUCGGGUCGCGAGUCCCCGGCGGCCGGGGCGGGGCGGGGCGGGCGGCGUCCUGCUCUUCCUGCCGCGCUCGGACCUCCCCCUCUGUCGACACUUGCGCGGGGCCCUGGCGUCGGCGUCGGCGAGGGCCGGGCAGGGCUGCGGCAGGCACUACCGCGCCGCGCUGGGCGCCGAGUUGAAGCAGCCCCUGGCCUUUGAGGAGGCGGUCCCCCGCCAUCUCCGGCCCCGCGAGGUCAGAGUUGAUGUCCAUUUCUGUGGGGUUAACUUUGCUGAUAUUUUGGCCUGUCGUGAUCAGUAUCAGGAAAGGCCCCAACUUCCCUUCACAUCCGGAAUGGAGUUUUCUGGGACAGUAUUGGAGACAGGCACAGAUGUCAGCACGGUGAAAGAGGGAGAUGGAGUUAUUGGCGUGAGUGGCUUUAAUGGUAUGGCUGAAGAAUGCAUCACUGACCACAAGGCACUGUGGCAGAUUCCAGAAGGGGUCCCCCUCCGAGAAGCUGCUGCCCUGCCGGUAUCUUAUGGCCCUGCUACUUUGGCCUUGGAGCGCCAGGCCCAUACCCAGCCUGGAGAAGCUGUUUUAGUGACAGCAGCAGCUGGAGCCACAGGCCGUGCCGUGAUUGAUGUGGCAGCAAGUGUUCUUCAGGUCAAGCUGCAGCCGUGCAAGCUGGCGAUGCAGAGGGGUGCACAGUCCAUCGUGAGCUACAGUCAGGGCAGCCUGAAGGAGACAGUGGGGAAGCUGGUGGGCAGUGGCGGGGUGAACGUGGUCAUUGAUACCGUGGAAGGAGAUAUCUUCCUGGAGGCUCUCCGCAGCCUGGCAUGGGAGGGCAGGAUUGUGGUGGUGGGUUUUGCUGGAGGAACCAUUGCUUCUGUGCCGGCCAGUCUUCUGCUCCUGAAGAAUAUCUCUGCCAUGGGGCUAUAG